UGCGGCUUGUACCACGAAGGAGCUGUGUUCGCCGUAGAAAUCUCAUGCAAUGCAACAGUGAUAGAACUGCAAAGGGCAAUCUUCGAGAAGCGGAGAUACCGCGAGCGAUCCCUGUUCGCUCCAGGCAACUUGAGGCUCCGCUUGGCGUAG